AAUACAUUACAUGACCACGAACCGAACGCGUACCUCUUCUUGGACGGGAGCAAUGAGCAGCGGCCGCGGCAUGGGCUCCGGCUCCGGCUCCGGCGCCUCCCGCUCUUUCCACCCCCAGAACCUGUCCAAGCUCAUGCUGCCGCCCCUCGGCAGUAGCCUCACCCAGUUCACUUCUGGCGACAAAUGGGUCGUCUCGCCCCUCGAGUCCAGAUACAGGUGGUGGGAGACUUUCAUGGUGAUCCUGACGGCGUACUCGGCGUGGGUGUACCCGUUCGAGGUGGCCUUCAUGGACGGCUCGCCCAAGCGGGGCCUGGAGGUGGCCGACAUGGUCGUCGACAUCUUCUUCACGGUCGACAUCGUCCUCACCUUCUUCGUCGCCUACAUCGACUCCAGGACGCAGCUCCUCGUCCGCGACAGGAGGAGGAUAGCCUUCAGGUAUCUGUCGACGUUUUUCAUCAUGGACGUGGCGUCGACAAUUCCGUUCCAAGGCCUGUCCUACCUCGUCCACGGCAAGGCAAGGGAAGGCUUGUUGUACAGCCUGCUCGUCCUGCUCCGGCUCUGGCGUCUCAGGAAGUUCCAACUGUUCUUCCCAAGGCUAGAGAAGGACAUCAGGUUCAGCUACUUCUGGAUACGCUGCGCACGGCUCAUCGCGGUUACUCUGUUCCUGGUGCACGGCGCCGGGUGCCUCUACUACCUGCUGGCGGACCGGUACCCGGACAGGGACAAGACGUGGAUCGGCGCGGCGACCCCCAACUUCCGGCAGGAGAGCCUGUGGAUCCGCUACAUCACCACCAUGAGCACCGUCGGCCAGGGUGACCUACACGCCCAGAACAAGCUCGAGAUGAUGUUCAACAUCUUCUACAUGCUCUUCAACCUCGGCCUCGCCGCCUACCUCAGCGGCAACAUGACCAACCUGGCCCUCCAGGGCACACGCCGCACCAUGGAGUUCAGGAACAGCAUUUGCGCCGCGUCCGACUUCGUGUGCCGGAACCGCCUGCCGCCGCGGCUGCAGCAGCAGAUCCUGGCCUACAUGUGCCUCAAGUUCAGGGCGGAGAGCCUGAACCAGCAGCAGCUCAUGGACCAGCUGCCCAAGUCAAUCUGCCAGAGCAUCUGCGAGCACCUCUUCCUCCCCGUCGUCAAGGAGGUGUACCUCUUCAAGGGGAUCUCCAGAGAUGCGCAGCUGCUCCUGGUCACCCAGACCAAGCCGGAGUACAUACCGCCCAAGGAGGACGUGAUCGUGCAGAACGAGGCGGCGGACGACGUGUACAUCAUCGUGUCCGGCGAGGUGGAGACCAUAUACUUCAACGGCGAGCGGGAGGAGGUGGUGGGAAAGCUGGGGACCAUGGACAUCUUGGGCGAGGUGAGCGCGCUGAGCGACCGCCCGCAGACCUUCACGUUCCGGACCAGGACGCUGAGCCAGCUGCUGAGGCUGAAGCAGGCCACGCUCAGGGAGGUCAUGGAGAGCAAGCCCGACGACAGAGCCCUCAUCGUCAGGAACUUGCUCAAGCAUCAGAUCGAGGUGCAUGACAUGAAGGACCUGCUGGGCGAGAGCGAGAGCACCGGAGCGGGCGGCAGCGGCAACAUCGUCCCGUGCAAUCUGCUGACGGUCGCCGCCACGGGGAACGCUGGCUUCCUUGAGGACCUCCUCAAGGUCGGGAUGGACCCUGACGUCGGUGACUCCAAGGGAAGAACCGCGCUGCACAUCGCCGCGUCAAAGGGGUACGAGGACUGCGUGCAGGCUCUACUCAGCCACGGCUGCAACGUCAACAUCAAAGACGCGCAGGGCAACACCGCGCUUUGGCAGGCCAUCGCGGCGCGGCACCACAAGGUGUUCAGCAGCCUGUACCACGUCGCGCGGGUCUCGAACCGGCGCGCCGGCGGCGACCUCCUGUGCCACGCCACGCGGCGCGGGGACCUCGACACUCUCCGCGAGCUGCUCAAGCACGGCCUGGACGUCGACUCCGAGGACAAUGACGGCUCCACCGCGCUGCGCGUCGCGCUGUCCGAGGGCCAGGCCGACCUGGCCAGGUUCCUUGUCAUGAACGGGGCCAGCCUCGACGACGACGGCUACACCCAGCGCCAGACGACGGUGCCGGUGGCCAAG